AUGGCCUUUGUGUCCUGGCUAGAUCUGCAGGAAAGCCUCCGAACACUCUCCGUAUUACAGUGGAUUCCAGUUUAUGUAAUUUUAGGAGCUCUUUCCAUCUUGGGUAUACCCUAUCUCCUGCUGUUCACUAGUUUCUGGCCCUUAUCUGUGCUCUUCUUAGCCUGGUUUGGCUAUGAUUGGAACACCCACAGUCAAGAUGGUAGGCGUUCAGCUUGGGUACGAAAUUGGAGCCUCUGGAAGUAUUUCCAAAGCUACUUCCCAGUAAAGCUGGUGAAGACCCAUGACCUUUCUCCCAAACACAACUACAUCAUUCUCAGCCACCCCCAUGGCAUUCUCAGUUAUGGUGCCUUCAUCAACUUUGGUACUGAGGCCACUGGCUUUUCCAGGGUUUUCUCUUCUAUCACUCCUUUUUUAGCAACCUUGGAAGGGAUCUUCUGGAUCCCAUUUGUGCGAGACUAUGUGAUGUCCAUGGGUAUUUGUCCAGUGAGUGAGUCAGCCCUGAUGUAUAAGCUGACCCAGCAAGGCUCGGGCAAUGCAGUGAUCAUUGUGCCAGGUGGAGCUUCUGAGUCCCUCUUGUGCCGCCCAGGAGUCUCCACAGUCCUACUCAAAAAACGCCAAGGUUUUGUGAAGCUAGCACUGAAGACAGGAGCAUAUCUUGUCCCUUCUUACUCAUUUGGUGAGAAUGAGGCUUACAACCAAGAGACCUUUCCUGAAGGCACAUGGCUAAGGUUCUUCCAAAAAAACUUCCAGAAAAUUGGCAAAAGAAUCCUAGGCAUAAAUUUCUGUACUUUUCAUGGCAGAGGCCUCACGAGGGGAUCCUGGGGCUUUUUGCCUUUCAAUCAUCCCAUUACCACCGUUGUUGGAGAACCCUUGCCAGUCCCCAAGAUCCUUAAUCCUGACAAGGACACUGUGGCAAAGUACUUUGAACUUUACAUCAGUGCCCUACGCAAGCUGUUUGACCAACAUAAAGCUGAAUAUGGCUUCUCCAAGACCCAAGAGUUGACAAUUAUAUGA